AUGCAUUUAAAUGGUGGUGACAGUAAAAAUAUUAUGAAACACAAGCAAAUAUCAAUAGCACCACCAUCAUUAUUGGCAUCACCAUUGGAAUUAUCAAACACAAUCAAUGAAUCAAUUAGAACAAAAAAUAACAAUUCAAUUUUUGAUUCUAUAUUUGAUGAACUAGGAAUACCCCAAAAUACUGAUCCUCUAAAAUGGUGGGCUGAAAAGAAAAAUGAAUUUCCUUUAAUGUCAGAAUUAGCAUUGAAAUAUUUGUGUGUAAGCGCAACUUCAGUGCCAUCUGAAAGGCUUUUUUCAGACAUUGGAAACCAGAUCACCAAAAAACGUAAUAAUUUAUCUACAGAUAAUAAUCAAAACAUAACACAUAUUCAAAUGUCAACUACUAUUCAAAAUAUCGAUCAAGUAUCUACAGAUGCUAAGUCCUCUAUUCCAACCUGGCAAGAUAUCGAAAAAGCUAUAGUUAAUAUAGUAAAAGCAGGCGUCUAUUAUAAAAAAGAAAAGGAUGGCAAGUUUAUGCAAAAUUAUAAAAAGCGAUAUACUGAAUUACAUCAAGCUGAAGAUCCAGAUAUUUAUAUCUUGAACAAUGCAAAGAGAAUAUAUCCUAAUGAGGAUAAAUAUAUAUCAAUGAAAAGUCAAUAUCAGGAAUGGUAUAAAAAUGAACCAAAAAUUCUUCAAGCUGUAUUAAAACUUAGUGAUUUAUAUUAUCAAUUAGCCAAAAACCACUUUGCUACUAAUGAAGAAAUCGAAGAAGAAGCAGAUGACUUAGCAUAUACAUGUUUUAAUUUUCGAGCUUCAGCAGGAGACAUACCAAUUAAUCGGGUUUUAGUAUUAUCUAUCUUUUCAAGAAAUAUAGGAAGAUCAUUCACCCAAGCUCUACAACGUUCCAUUGGAGGUAAUAACAACUCUACACCAUCUUGA